UUGUGGGUGAUUCUGAUGUAAUUUCUGUCCCGACAGAUGGGAUGAGUCCCACAGAGGUCUGCUGGCAGACCCUUCUGGCCAUGUAGCCUAUACCAUGCACAUGUAUACCUAGCCUAUAUGUAAUGCUGACUAAUAUAUUUUCUUGCUUGCAUAUGGGACAAAAGAUGCACACUGACCAAAAUGAAAAAUCGGUCAUGUUUGGAGUGACUCAUGUGAUUGCUGUAGAUGGAUACAGCAAGAAAAUUGGUGCAAAAUACAAGUAUGCCUGCAAAGAACAAUCUAGCCAUCUAUGAAGAGGUGUACAGACCUGCAGUAACACAUUAUGGAAUGUGGGAUCAACUUCGCGUGGAUCAUGGCAAAGAGUUUUACCUGUGCCUCUACAUGCAGCAAAGACAGCCAUACCUCCAAACACAGUCAACAAGGAAUCACACAGUGGAAAGGAUGUGGCCAGAAAUUAACAACAGAGUGAAUUAUCCAUUAAAGGAGGCCCUCAUCCAGCUACAAGAUCAGGAAGCAAUAGAUAUGGAGGACAGUCUGACAAGGUUCUGCACAUCCAAUCUGACCUGCCAGAUGUGCCAGAUUGGCAUAAACAGAUUUGUGCAAUCAUGGAAUGCUCACGGGAUUCCAGAGAGAGGGAUACCAAAUCACCUAGCAGGGACUGGAACACCAAGACAAAUCACAACCGAUCUUCUACCAGAUGCCACAGUUGCAGCUGACAUGUAUCACAGGGACAUGGGAUCCUCCCUCACCAGAGUAUCUUCAUUCGGAAGUGUCCCCUUUCUGUCUGAGGCAGACAAAGUGAGAGCAGAGCAGCCCUUUGCACAUUAUUAUCCCCACCUUUCAGUUAUUUUUGACAGUGCUGUCAAUUACAACUAUGCUCCCUUCAAAGAGGCCUUGAUCUACCUCAUCGAUGUAACAAACACUUGUUCCUAAUUUCAUAUGCACUGGAUUGUGAGGAGCCUUGUAACGGAUCGCUGGACAUCUGUGUCUGUGGACACCAUUAUGCAGUUACUACUCCAACAGUAGAGGGUAUGCUCCAAGCACACCCUGUGCCACUUAACAUCACGGAUGUAAAUUCCUGAUGUACGCUUAAGGAAUGGCUCUGUUUUUACAGACUGGUUUCCUUAAUCUCAAUUGGCUAUACAAAGAACACCAGGAGCAGGACACUUGAGCUUUUAAAUGACCACUACAUCAUAAAUUCCACCAAACAACAACAAUAUGUUUGUCAGGGUGAAUAGAUUAUUUUUUGUCUUCUUGAGGACAAGACUUACCUCUGUAAACCAGACAAGUGAAUGUAUCCCUAACAUUUCUGGACUGUUCUUCGGUCAGUAAAUGUUGUGUUCCUGUUUCGA